GUCAAUAGCAGGUGCGCUCGACUUUUGGCAAUGUCAACUCAUACAGGUAUCUAUCAACAAAAGGCAUGGCCUUGAAAUUCCAGUUCGUCGAGGGAUUAACCGGAAGUACGGUGAAGAUUUCGACGUGCACGUGGAAUAAAAAUGAAAUUUACACUAAUAUGUAUCGUAUCUUUCAUUUUCGAUUUCACAAAUCAAGCUCAUUCACAGAUGCUUUUCCAAAAAUUGAUACAAGCGUCAGAUGGAAGUCGAUGUAAAUCUGACUCAGUAUCAUGCUUGCCUGCGCCUUGGUGUACGACCAUCACCGAUUUGAAUGGCUGCCGAACUUGUGAAUGUAACAGAAGUUUCAGAUCUUCUAGAGCAACUGCCAGCGCAGGCGCACUAAGUCCGUUUGAUACUUCAAUGUAUGGUAACAAUGGCGGGUUCGGUUUUCCCGGAUUUCCUAGCUACAGCGGUCAAAUGGGACCAGUGAAUCCAAUGGCCUCCAUGUUUGGUUCAGGAAAUCCCAUGUCCGGAAGCGGAAACUCCCCAAUGUCGAGACCGAUGGGAUUUUCUGGGGGUAUGUCGCCUAUGGGGGGAUUCAUGGGGCAAAUGAAUCCGAUGAUGGGAGCUUCUGCAGGACUGACCAAUCAAAAAACGCCGAAUGUCAAUCAAACGGACUGUGACCCCGCCCCUUAUACGUGUCCAGCCCCACCUCCUUGGUGCCAGCGAAUUGUCGACGAAAAGGGAUGCACAAAAUGUGCCUGUGGAAAUGAUCUAAAGGCAUACUAUGAUAAACUCAAAGGAGUUACAGAAAACGUUACGUCAACCACUACUGCAGCACCUGUCAAUCAAACAGUGACAGUGACGUCACAAACAACGCCUUCCACGACAACAGUAAACGGCGUUUCUACGACGACUGAUGCCCCACCCCUUGGGAAGGCCUGUCUGGCAAACUUCUUCUGUACACUAGACUGUAGGACCGGAUAUCAAACAGACGCGACCGGAUGUCCUCUGUGUGUGUGUAACGCCGACAUCGAUAUAUUUACUCAAGCUCCUCCUCCGGAUUCAUCUCCGUCUCCGGUUCCGUUGACUACUGUGCCUUUUGCCAGUUCCAGUUCUUCCGGCGGGGUAGCAAGUUUUGUUUGUCCGGGGAUUUUUGACUGUAUGAAGCAAUGCAUGAACGGAUACCGUGUAGAUUCCCGGGGCUGUCCGCGGUGUGAAUGUAUUCAGUGAAUAAAUACCAACCCUGCCAUUGUG